CCAACAUGAAGUUUAUUAUUCUCGCCUGUGUUGCCGCUGUGGCCUUCGCCGUCCCUCAGUACAGCUCAAGCGAAGAGGUGGAGUUUAUCCCAAUCCUUAAGGACGACCGCGUCCAAGAGGACGACGGAACAUACAGCUUCGACUUCGAAACUGGCAACGGCAUCAGCUUCUCCCAGGCAGGAUCCCCCGACGGUGAGGAGGACGCUGUGAUCAAGGCCGGAGAAUACUCCUACACCGCUCCUGAUGGCACUGAAAUCCAUCUCCGCUUCGUUGCCGACGACAACGGCUUCCAGCCCGAGGGCGACCACCUGCCAGUGGCCCCCGAGUUCCCCCACCCGAUCCCUCAAUUCGUCCUCGACCAGAUCGCUAAGGCCGCCGAAGAGGACGCAGCUCGCGCCGAUUCCGACGAAAAAUAAAUAUGGACUUUUCUGAGGAAGUCUGUAGAUAAAGAAGCAAUUCAAAGAAAUGUAUUUAUGUAUUUAAUUACUGUGUUUUAUCAAAAUAUAUCGUAUAAAUAUGA